AUGAAGCAGGGCUCGACAGUCUUAGAAAAGGGAGGGCGUGGUGCCCUCCAGGCAGUUAUCCUCUUGAUUCAGUAUCGCAUGAGCAGUUCCAUGCAAGACACCUCAGCUAGCAUGUGGCAUUUAGUGGGAGUGGGAAGCAGAAUCGCCCUCGAGCUUGGCCUUCACUGUGAAACUGCCUAUCCUUACAAACGCUCAGAUGUGUCCACAAGGAAUACAGAACUGAGUGCCAGUCUUGUCCAGCAAGAGGUCUCCCGGCUUUGUUUUUGGAGCAUCGUGGCCAUGGACAGAAUAGUCAGCAACAUACUAGGUAGACCCCUCGCAAUCCGCAAUGACGACAUGGAUACGGCUCUGCCAUCUGAUCUAUGCGACGAGAUCCUGCUUUCUGGUGUCGACAUGCCCAUGGCCGAGCAUCUGGUCACAUGCCGCCGCAUUUCGAUCUUCGUUCAGAUCAUCAAGUAUCGCCUACUUUGUGGUGACAUUAUCGAAACACUGCACAACCGAGGUCGAAAAAAUCAGUCGGAUGAUGAGCUCCGCCACCGCAGAGAUCAAUUCGCAGCCGAACUUAAGGCCUGGCGGCUGGAUGCCGAAAGGGUCGCUCUUUCAGGUUCUGUGGAUGACGCCGGACCUUCAUCUUGCUUCACAUCACCUACUUGGUUCGAGAUGAUAUAUCAUAAUGCCGUGCUAAUGCUUCAUCGGCCAUCCCCUACACUGGACACGUCUAGGGACUCAGUUGCGGUGCAAGCGAUUUUUACCUCCUCUCAGGCUUCCAUAUCUUCAUAUGCCAGUCUCCAUCGUAUGGGGCUCCUGAAUCACAGUUGGCUUACACUACAAGCUUUGUUCAUAGCAGGGUUGUCAUAUGUGUACGCUGUGACGAUGCAUUGCCAGGCCAGUCGCAGACAGCAGGGUCACCAAUCAAGCGGGCUGCUGAACAAGAAUCCAAGCACCAUGGAAGUGGUCAGCGAUACACGCACGUGCUCGAACGUCCUUGUAGCGGUUUCAGAAAGAUGGAAGCCGUUGCAACGCUGCGUCGAUGUCUUCAACAGGUUAAGUGAUGCUAUUCUGAUCGACGUUAUCAAAUUUAGUACAAACCCCAUUGCCGCCACCCACUUGCCGAACAACUACUCGAGAGACGGUGACCAGCAGUACUGUGACCGGUCUGAGCUGACGGCAGAAACACAUCCAGAUGAGUUGAUCCAGCCUUCUCAAUGGAACCACGCGUCAUAUCUUCAGCCUAUUGGAACCGAUCGAAUGGUGUCUAACUCAUCGCCACUGGCUAUCGAGAACGAAUUCAGAGGAUCGGUAUUUGAUUUACAACAAAUGUACGAUCAGCAGCAAGUCGAUAUGUCUGUUUAUCGAUUUUCUCAGGCUUGGUUCGACAGCUUCGACCUGUAUGGUAAUAUGGGACCGCAGAUUAACGACAUGACGAUGGAUACACACCUCUGA